CUUAAUGUACGAUGUCCGGACUGUGUUGUUGUUGUUGUUCAGAGUUCACAAGUUACGGUAGUUCAUAACUGACCUUUGAACACGAGAUGUUUGUGGCUAAAAGCGUGAACGCUGAACACAAAGAUCUUAUUCAUGAUGUGUCUUUUGAUUUCUAUGGUAAACGUAUGGCGACAUGUUCCAGUGAUCAGAGUGUUAAGAUCUGGGACCUGAAUGAAGAUGGGGAGUGGGUGUGCACUGCCUCUUGGAAGACCCACUGUGGUUCUGUGUGGAAGGUGACCUGGGCCCAUCCAGAAUUUGGUCAGAUCAUUGCAACUUGUUCAUUUGAUCGGACAGCAGCUAUAUGGGAAGAAAGUGUGAGCGGCUCAGGAAAUGGUAUUCACAGCACUUGGAUAAAGCGGGCUGGCUUGGUGGACUCACGAACCUCCGUAAUGGAUGUCAAGUUUGCCCCCAAGAUUCAAGGAUUGCAAUUAGCUACUUGUUCAGCUGGUGGGGUGGUACGUAUCUACGAAGCUCCCGAUGUUAUGAAUCUUAAUCAGUGGUCACCACAUUAUGAGAUCAAUUGUAAACUACAAUGUUCCUGCAUCUCCUGGAACCCUUCACCAUCUCGGCUUCAUGCACCCAUGAUUGCAGUAGGCAGUGAUGACCCAAAUUCAGGCUCAGGUGGGAAAGUGUUUAUUUAUGAGUUCUCUGCAAACACUCACAAAUGGACCAAAGUGGAGACAUUGUUGACUGUGACAGAGCCUGUCCACGACCUGUCCUUCGCUCCCAAUCUUGGUCGUUCGUAUCAUCUCUUGGGUAUUGCUACCAAGGAUGUCAGGAUCAUUACCCUAAAACCCACCAAAGAAGACUCAACACAGAACCAGAGCAGUUUGUCAAUAUUUGAGGUGCGUCAAGCAGGACAAUUUGACGACCACGGCUCCACAGUGUGGCGCGUCUGCUGGAACUUAACAGGCACUAUCUUGGCCUCAUCUGGAGAUGAUGGGUGUGUCCGACUCUGGAAAGCCAAUUAUCUGGAUAUUUGGAAGUGUAUUUCAACUCUCCGCGGUGAAGCCGUUGAAAAUGUAACAGAUGCCGGAACCACUGGGGGCUCCUUGCAACAGUCAGGGGCCACAGGUUCUGGACAUAACACUGCAAGAUACUUCAAGUUGGCCCCAACAGCACAUCCAGCCCAUGUACCUUGGCAUUAAUUUUAAUAAUGAUACUGUAUGUUCUUGUUUAUUUUGUGGAUAAAAAUAUAGUUAUUUUGAUAAUGAAUGUUCCCUGCUGCUUGGUUAUCAUGUAUGUUGCUCAAAUGUUCUUAUUAAGUUUGAACAUAUUGGCUAAAAUUAUACAGAACAAGAAAAACCAAGUAGUGCUUAUAUGUUUACAGUAUUAAGAAAGCAUUAACAUUUUACUUAAUGCUUUCUUUACAAUUUGCAAUGAAUCUGAGUGACAAAUGCACAGUGAGGUGAUCAGCAAAAUAUUUUGACCAUGUUUGUUAAUAAAAGAACCAAAUUGUUUAUUUGAAGUGUACAUUUCCUUUUGAAUAAAUAAUACUGUGGGUAAGGAAAUUUUAUGGUGAAGAUCCAGAGAGUACUGUACUUUACUGUACUGCAAAAGGUAACAAUACUUGUUCUUAAUUCAAAGUUUGGGGCUGAUUUAAGACUGAGCUGUAGUGGCCACUCAUGAUAUUAAAUUGUACUCAACACAAAUGCUUUAUGCUUGGGGUAGCACACAUUAUCAACUUCAUUAUAUUAACCAAUUAAGGUCACUCUAAACAUCAAGUAUUCGUUAUGUUUUGCAUGAAAACUUUUUGAACUAUUAUACUGUAAACUGUAUCAUCAUGAUGUCUUUAACCUCUUGUGUAUAGGCUUCCCUCUGUGCUGAAUAAAACUGUCUGGUGUUAACCAAAAAAAUAUGUCAAAA